ACUUGGGGAUCCGAAGGCCUGAAACCUCCAAGCGCAGGUUUGAAGAACUGGGCAAACAGGAAAUAAGCUGCUGACGCGAUGGUGCUGCUUAUUAAUCAUUCACCAGUCCAGAGCUGAUCUACUUAAUGACUGUGCCGCUCUGGGCUCUAGCCUCUUGGUCUCUCCUCUCUGCGCUCCAGCGUGCUCAGGACCCUCAGAGCGGCCAGAGGCAGUGCUCAAGCAGCCGCAGGGCGAUGUGCCGGGCAGCCUCGGUGGCUGCCGCGCUCGCCGCAGCUGCUGCGCGCUGCCGGGAGGUGCCAGGCGGCGGAGAGCUGUGAGCUUGGAGCCUUGAGCCUAGGGAGGGUGCAGACAGCUAGCGCGCAAGGUGAGCGCCCCAGCCGGCAGCGGCGCAGGCCCCCUUCGCUGGGAUGUUCCCCAAUGGCACCGCCUCCUCUCCGUCCGCUUCUCCUAGCCCCAGUCCAGGCAGCUGCGGGGAAGGCGCCUGCAGCAGGGGCCCGGGGGCAGGCGCCGCGGACGGCAUGGAGGAGCCUGGACGAAACGCUUCCCAGAACGGGACCUUAAGCGAGGGCCAGGGUAGCGCCAUUCUCAUCUCUUUCAUCUACUCCGUGGUAUGCUUGGUGGGACUGUGUGGGAACUCCAUGGUCAUCUACGUGAUCCUGCGCUACGCCAAGAUGAAGACAGCAACCAACAUCUACAUUCUAAACCUGGCCAUCGCUGAUGAGCUGCUCAUGCUCAGCGUGCCCUUUCUGGUUACUUCCACGUUGUUGCGCCACUGGCCCUUCGGCGCGCUCCUUUGCCGCCUGGUGCUCAGCGUGGACGCGGUCAACAUGUUCACCAGCAUUUACUGUCUGACUGUGCUUAGCGUGGACCGCUACGUGGCUGUGGUGCACCCUAUCAAGGCAGCGCGCUACCGUCGGCCCACUGUGGCCAAGGUGGUGAACCUGGGUGUUUGGGUGCUGUCGCUCCUGGUUAUCUUGCCCAUCGUGGUCUUCUCACGCACCGCGGCCAACAGCGAUGGCACGGUGGCCUGCAACAUGCUCAUGCCCGAGCCCGCCCAGCGCUGGCUGGUGGGCUUCGUCUUAUACACAUUUCUCAUGGGCUUCCUGCUGCCCGUCGGGGCCAUCUGCCUGUGUUAUGUGCUCAUCAUCGCCAAGAUGCGCAUGGUGGCCCUCAAGGCCGGCUGGCAGCAGCGCAAGCGCUCAGAGCGCAAGAUCACUCUGAUGGUGAUGAUGGUGGUGAUGGUGUUUGUCAUCUGCUGGAUGCCUUUCUACGUGGUACAGCUGGUCAAUGUGUUCGCGGAGCAAGACGACGCCACUGUGAGCCAGCUGUCUGUCAUCCUCGGAUAUGCCAAUAGCUGUGCCAACCCCAUCCUCUACGGCUUCCUGUCGGACAACUUCAAGCGCUCCUUCCAGCGCAUCCUGUGCCUCAGCUGGAUGGACAACGCCACGGAGGAGCCAGUCGACUACUAUGCCACGGCCCUGAAAAGUCGCGCCUACAGCGUGGAGGACUUCCAGCCCGAGAAUCUGGAGUCUGGUGGCGUUUUCCGUAAUGGCACCUGCGCUUCCAGGAUCAGCACGCUUUGAGGCUGGCACUGCCUGGAGAGGGAGAGUGGUCAGAAACCGGGAGGGCGGAAGCGAGUGUGAGCGAAUGAUAACAGGGCACCAGGUGCGCUGGCAGUAGCGAGUAGCAGCGAUGCUCGGUGCCUGGUUAGCCAGGCCCAGGAAAGCCAGGGGACUAAGGUAAAAGGGAGAGUUGCGGAUAUACUGGGAAGGCUUAAGGGCCAUCCAUCCUCUCAGCCAGCCCUCUUUCCUACACAGCGCUUGCUAUUCUGAACAACUCUAUUCUCCGAACCCGGUAACUUCGACCCCCCCACCCCCGUUCUGCUAGUACAAACCACAAUCGUAACCGUUGCCAACUCAGUCUAACCCUUACCCUCUCAAGCCGAUAUUUGCGUUUCUUUAAGCUGAGCCACUGUUACUGCCUCGUGUUUCAUUUGGGCUGAGUCCCCCACGUUGCGCUCACCCCUGGCCAGACUCUUCUUAGAGUGGCUAUCAGACUGUCCCCAGUCACCGCUCUCCUUUUGCACAGCCUUACUUUCGAGGAAGCCCAGCUUGAGGAGGACCGGGCAACUGGUCUUUUCUACUCUCAGAGAAGGCACUUCUUUCGCUGGGCCCUUCCUCCUCCCCACCCUAUCCAGAGCAGAGCUAGGUGCUUAAGAAAAGGUCCUGCGCCCAGACCUCCCCCUUCCCGCCAAGUGGUAUAGUCGCACCCACAUCCUCCUUUGAAGCAAAAAGAAAAAGGAGCUGAGAGCAAGCAGAAGCAGAAGGACAAGUUUUUAAGAGUCCUGGGUUGUGGAUGUGGGUACCAUAGCAGCCACUUCCCCAUAGGGAUCGGGACCUGAGUACUGGGUUCCAAAGUUCCAGCGAGGGGCGCUCCUGGCUGGAGAAUGACUUAGGCACCCUGGCGGGAGGACCCGAAUUGCAGCUGCAAUUCCUUUUAGAUUCCUCCUUAGAAUAACAAAAGAUUCAGUUUCCUGCUUUAGUGUAAGUUGCAAGUCCAGCUCAGGCUGCUGUCACAAACUGCCAAGCCUUUAGCCAAAGCUGGACCGGUUAUUGUAGCCUGUCUGGUCCCUGAAGUUUCUGCCUUUCAAGAGGUGCCUAAUAAGUCAUUUCCUGAUUUAUUUAUUUAUUUGUGGUGUUGGUAAAACUGAGUUUCUGCUUUCUUUUUUUCUACUUGCCUAACAGGGCUGUUCUUGGAAACCCUGAGGGCUUGGGGGGUGUGGACCGAGCAGGAGUGGAGAAAAGUUCCCUCCUCACCCCAAGACUCCCUCAGAAGUUUCCCUCUCUUGGAUUCUAUUAGCCUUUUCUCAAUCCUUCUUGGUUUUGCUUGUGUCCAGUAAAGUUUGGAGAUUUUUUUAUACAUUUUUAUUGUAGUUUCUGUGUUAUUAAAAUAAAUAAAUCGCAAUUUGGGUUAACUCCUGUCAGUACAGAGUGAAAGUCCUGAAUUCCUGGCAUCCCAGGAAACAUAGGGGAAAAAUCACACUGUCCAUGAUGUUUGUGUGUCUAUGAUAUGUGCUGCUAUGCACAAGUCACACGCACACACACACACACACACACACACACAGAAGACAGAGACAUAAAGACAGAGACAGAGAGACAGAGAGAGAGAGAGAGAGAGAGAGAGAGAGAGAUUUGUAAAUCUUGAGGAACUGUCACAAGUCCAUGAAACAAUUACAAGGACAGACACAAAGUGACAGGUGUGACUCAAGCUGGGACAUUUUCAGUUUCGGGUACAAGUAGCAUUCAAACUUGGAUCUGAGAAAUGUCAGCCAGAGACUUGAAUCACUGCUGAAGAUAUUGCUGCUUUUUUUUUUUUUUAGGUCCCAGCAAAGGUGAUUCUUUACCUAUACCCAGUAAACAUAGUAAUUUCUGUUAAGGAAUGGAAGGGAAAUAAUUCUGUCUGCAUUUACAAACUACAAUAGAACUCUGAGCAGGGCAAGGACCAAUGAUUUCACUGGUUUAUGUUUCCUGUAUUCUUUGUUAUGCUGGUCUGUACAUAGGAGGCACUGAAAAGAUAUCUUGGUGGUUAAGUAGUCCUGUGUAUAUCACAGGUCCUGGAAUAAAGAACCUGGGAAUCUCACGUUCCUACUGUCAUGACAUACAAUGGUUGAAUGCACUAUUGAAAAAGACGUUUUAUGCACAUUUGCUUCAAGAACACCAUGCUUUUCUAAAAGCAGUAACCAAGAGUUAAAGUGUCUCUUGUGUUUUGUUCCAAAAAAUGAACAAAUAUGCUUUUGAUCAUAAGCCAGAAAGUUUAGAUCUUUUCCUAAGAAUAUAAUACAUAUGCAUACAUAUAUAUAAUUACUCUUCUGUUAAAUAGAUUUUUUCAAUCAUUAGGAACAGUGAACUUUACAAACUGAAAUCUCCAUCAAUAUCAUCUCAACGGGGUACAAAUGUAGUGCUCUUAACUUGUAAUAGUAACCGAAUAAACAGAUGUAUUAUG